AUGUCGACACUCACAAGGGAAGAGCUUGCUGGCCGGUGCGCCUCAACAUCAUUCGAUGAAGUCGCGUUAUAUUACGAGGAAAAAAAGGUUGUCUACACCCACAGCUUUCGCGACGCGCAGGGAGCCGUACUAGAGGGCUUCCGAACCGAGGUUCAUUUCUCGGCGCUGCAGCCACGGCCGCUCACACCGCCUGAACAGCGCGCACUGCUCUCCUUGGGGCUAUGUCACAGCACUUACGUCUUCCUUGCAGCGGCGAAGCGCACUCCGUUGCUGCAAAUCCGCGCCGGAUACUUCUCCUCAGAUGAGCUCGCUUACUUUCAACCAGCGCUCGCAGGCGCACUUGCCGAGUACUUUUAUUUAGCUGACUUGGACCUCGCAAGCUUCCGGCUGGAGUGCUGCUGCAGCUCCCCCAGCUCCGAAACCCCCAACUACCCGCUGCCAUCACCAUCACAAUCGCCAUGGCCGCCAGUAUCACCUCUACGGCCGCCAGCGCCAGCGCCAGCACCGGCGGCACCACAAGCCACCGCAGAGGCGACGCAGGUGGAAACGGACGCGGCCCUACGACACCCUCCCGACGCCGGUGGAAGCUUCCCAGAAGACUCCACCUUGCUGAUAGAGCUGCUCAGCCGCAUGGGCGCCCAAGUAGGCUGGAUGUACUACGGGGAGUGGGUCGGCUCCUGGGAAGUCUACACGAAAUUCGGUCGGCUGGCGGCGACGUCACCCGCCGCCGGCGCUGUCGUACUGGCGGAGCAGCACCUGCCCUGCCUGGAGCGGCUACAGGAGCUCAACCAGGUUCCGGAGCUGCCGUUUCAGGAUUACAGCGCGUACGUCUCGUUCUACACAUUUUCCUCGGCGUUCUUGGCUCUGCAGCACGACUACGAGUACAUCUGUGUUGGAAACGAAUACUCGGCGAAUGCCAUCAACACAACCCACCCCAACCCUGGCGCCUGGUUUUGCCCACCGUCCGUAAGACUUCGCUCAAAGCUCACGCCAAAGCGGAACGCUUGCACAAACAUUUGUCCGCACGCGCACGGCGCACCCUGUCACCAGCUCAAGCAAAUAAACCUGUUUUGUAUAUGUAAUGUUCAGUCUUUUGAGGCAGAGCGCGCCUUCCACAAAUUCCUUCGGAGCCACAUCCACCCGCGGCUCUACUACUUUAGCGGCCUGCAACACAUGACCGAGCUGGAGAUAGCAAAGCGCUUCGCCGCACUCUGCGCGACCAAAUACCUCCACUUGAUCAUCAGCUGCAACUGGGCCACGGACGACCACUGCACACAACCGCAAUUACCGCACUUACUCUGGUCGCCUCUCUUGUUCAGGUGCGGUGGAUGCGAGAAGUGCGCCUUCGUGUUCCUGCUCUUCGCGGCCUUUCUGCCAGUGCCGGAUAUCAUGUCUAAAAUCUUCGAAGUGGAGGUGGUUUCGGAGCCCGGGGCUGCUGAGCCCGGCACUUGUAGUGAUGGUAACGGGGACGGUGAUGAUGGGCACGGCGACCGCGAAUGCGGCAGCAGCAGCCGCGGGUGCGACGCAACCAGCAGCCCUAUUGUACCUGGCUCUCGCACCGAGUCCCUGCGGGGCGUGUACGACAUGUACGACUCGGAGCGUCACGUGCCGGUGUUCGAGUCGCUGAUGGGCCUUGCGGGACACAAACCCUUCGAGUGUGUAGGCACGCCGGAAGAGUGCCUGGCGGCGAUGUAUCUAGCGUACGAACGGCUGUCUAGCGGCGGCGGCGGCGUGGCCUACGACUGCAGCGCGGCGGCGGAGUCGGUGUUAGGACCUGAGCGCCAAGAGACGGCCGGACCGGGUACCGAGCAGCAGCAGCCACAGCAGGCGCAGCGGGUCGGGGCGAGGAGGUUGCCGCUGCUGCUACGGAAGCACCGGGACCUAAUCUGCAGCAGAGGCAAGGAGGAGUGGGAGAGGAUCCGGGCGGUCAUCCAGGAAGUGGAGGAGAUGGGCCGGCCGGGAUUCUGCUGCAAUCCUAAGCGCGACGUGAAGCUAAAGAAGUGCAGGAAGUACUAUGCAGAGAAUACAGUGGUGACAACAGGUUUGAUGACCGUGAGGAGUUGUAAAGAGCUAUGGCUUAGGAAGUCUAUACCCGUUAUGGCGCUGCUCUUUUCCGUUCCGUCAAACUUUGCAGAACCAGACAUACGUGAGCGACGUGUGUUAUCAACAGGUGAACAGGAGCCUGGGGAGUCCAGUGCUUGGCAGGCUUCCUGCGUGGCACAGGAGGACAAGCACACUGCGGAGGUAACCAGCAUGUCCGUGUAUCUCAACGGCGCACGCAUCAUGACCACUUCCAAGGACUUUACCGUGAAGAUCUGGGACACCUCCAACAUGACCGUUGUGCGGACGUUCGAAGACCAUGAAUGCGAGGUGUACGGCUCUGCCGUAACGGAGGACGGUAUGCGCGCCAUUACCUCCGGGGAGCUGGAGCCGGAGCGCUCUUCCGUCAUCAUCUGGAGUCCGGAAAGUGGCAAGGUGCUGCACUCGCCCACGGACCACAGCGGCUGGCUGGAUGUGUGCGCCAUCAGUGGACCCGCCGGUCUUGCGGCAGUGACCGGCGUCCACGGCAUACUGUUCGUGUGGGACAUCGAGUCCGGGGUGCAGCGCUACAGCACCAAGUUCAACGUGGGGUCACGUAGCUGCUGCCGCUUCAGCCCCUGCGGCCUGUUCAUUCUGGUUGGCGGGUACGACCUUGGCGAGCUGGUGCUUGUGGAGUCAAGAUACGGCCAAGAGCUCCUUCGCGUGCACUGCAGCCAGGAACCGGGUACCUUCAACACCGCGAUGGGCUGCUUCUUCCUCUCGGACACCCCAGGCUACAGCAGCGCUACAGCUGCCGCCGGUGGUGGCGGCGGUGGCGGCGGCUCCCCAACCAAGCACUCUCCUAGCAAGUGCACGUUCGGCUUUCCCACGCGGUUCGGGGCGGUGUUUGCGGAUGGAAGCAUCCGCGUGUUCAACAUGAAUGGGGACAGCUUUGAUGACGCACUGUGGCGGGAUGAGCGGAUGCAAGACGUGUACGACGCUGACGUGUCGCGCGACGGGACGCUGUUGUUCGUCAUUUAUAAGGCGGGCCGCUUCCAGGAAGAGCUGCACCUGUACGACUUCGUGACGGGGGAGCUCGUCUGGAACCACUGUACUGCACACAAGGGCACGUACGGCCUGUACCUCGUGGCUAGUGGUGAUGCGGGGUUGGUACCGGAUGGUGGCGGUGUGGGGGAGAGCCGUCCAAUGCGCGGGAAGAUGGUCACCGCGGGCGGGGACCGGAAGGUCCGGCUGUUCGACCUGGCCAAGCGCCAGCUCAUACGGAUGAUCGACACGGCGCACUCUCAGGACAUCGUGUGUCCCCAGGUCAACGAGAGAUUUGACCAGAUGCUCACCACGGCUGACGGCUGGGAUAAGUGGACAUGUCUGUGGGACCUCAACACGGGCAAGAUGCUACGGAAGUACGACGAGAUCCACAAUGAGGGAAUCUACGACGCCUGGUUCACCCCCGACGGGCUGCGGUGCGUGUCGGUGUCUUGUGACAAGACAGCCGCCAUCUUUGAGCUGCAGUCGGGCGAGGUCAUCCAGCGCUUCGUUGGGCACGAGCACUGGGUGCGUUUCGCGGCCCUCUCACCCGAUGAGAAGAUCCUCGCCACCGCCUCAAACGACAACACCGUGCGCAUCUGGAACGUGGCAAAAGGCAACGUGCUGCACAUCAUUCGCGACCACCGAGGCACAAUGUCGUACAUCAAUUUCGUACAUCCGACAUGGAUCGUGACAAGCGCCAGGGAUGGCACUAUUGUGGGUUUCAAUCUUAAGUCCGGGACAUCCGUGCCUCUGCUGGUAGCGGGCCCCAUCGGCAAGCAGGACGGCGCCGAGAAGAUCAGGCCCAUGCCGCUGCGUACCGGGGUCGCGGGACCCAGGUUUCCGCCGGUGCUGGCGGUGUCGCUCAACGCACGUGUUGCCGUACUGAACCUCUCUGUUCGGCAACCUUUGCCGCGGCAGCUCCUGGAGGAGAUGAAAUCUGGUCUGUGGGACCUGCAGCAUGUGAUCAAACUGGCCGACACCUUCCCGGGUCUGGCGGUGGUGCCCAUGCCGGACGGAAACACGCUGCUGCACACGGCGGCAGUGGGCGGGCAGGUGGAGUUCCUCCGUGUGCUGCUGAGCCACGGUGCGGCCAUUACCUCCGCACCGCUACCCGCCAACGGCGAGGGUAAGACCCCCCUGGACCUGGCGCUGGAUGUGCGCAACCUCCAGUGCGUGGAGCUGCUGCUGGCCAACGAGGUGUCCAGACCGCCACCGCUGAGGCUAGCUGCGAUGAAGGCCUGGUCUCGUCUGGCUGCGGACAUGCCGUCCGUGCUGGUCAAGUUUCUGAAUGCAGUGGGGAUAGAGGAGCCGACGGACGCGGUGGGCAGCAGCGCCGUCAUGGUGCCGGUGCGGGAGGGCACCCACCUCAUCACGUGCGGGUCGCAGGCCUACGCGGUGAAUGAGAAGCUGUGGGAGGAGGUGUUGCUGCGACAUGGGGGCGGCGGUGUCAGCGACGAGGAGCUGGAGGAGGUGGAGGAGGGCACGACAGCAGGCGGGGAGAUGGAGGCGGUGGAACAGGACCAUGCCGGCAAUGCUGACCAAGAAAAGGGUGGCAGCCCAGCUACCGUCAUUUUUGCCCACGCCGCCGCCGCUGCGGAUGGCGCCGCCGCGGUCCGGAGCAGCGGCGGCGGCGGCGGCGGCGGCAGCUCCUCGGGGGGUGCUGGCGGCGGCGUCAAGAAGCGCACGCAUCGCCGCGGCGCGCUGUCGUUGACUUGGCGCUGGGCCAAGCACCUCAUACGACGUCCAUGGCCCCCCCCUGGCUUGUACGGAGACACCCGCACUUGCUCGCCGCUGGGUGCGCUGGUACUCAACAACGUCAGCGACGCCUUCACCACCGAUAUUGGGUUUGCAAUGCUCACUUACAAGUGGGACACUUACGCAGGCGGCAUCUACCGGCAACAAGCUCUGGUGUACGGCAUCUUUAUGGUGCUGUACAUCACCGCCACCACGCUGGGCGUGCAGUGGAGCGAGGCGGUUAGCAGGGAGGAGAUGUACGGGCACGGUACGACUCGUACACGUGUGGCAGUACGGAUUCUUCUGGAGGGUUGCGUCUUGCUGCUUAAUGCGCGGUACCUGUGGGAGGAGAUUGUCCAGAUCUCCAGACACGGCCCGGUGCAGUACUUCACAGGUCAUAACUCUGCUUGGAACUGGGUGGAGCUGCUGUCGUGCUUGAUGGUCAAGUUGGUGGUGGUGCUGCAGGUCGGCAGUAGGGCUCCGCCCGCUGUAUCCCCUUGUGUGGUUCUGCUCAUCCUGCAAAUCUCUCCCCACUCCCCUCCUGUGGCGACAUUCACCUAUCAGGUUAUCGGGCUGGAAGAGGCUCGGUGGGUGAUGUCCGCCUGCACCAUCCUUCUCGGCACCCGACUGCUCAAAGUGGCGUCAGGGUCCGAGGGCACGGGUAUCUUCGUACAGAUCAUCAUUCGCAUCAUCGCCGACCUGCGUCACUACCUCCUCAUCGUGCUGGUGACACUCCUCACGUACGCGCUGGCGUUCCGACACAUCAUGGCGUACUACGAUCAGCUCCACGCCUCCCGCUCCCAGCCUGUACAUGACCCACCUGUCGUCUUCCUUUCCCUCCUCUUCCAUUCCUUUCCCUUAACCUCCUCUUCCUUUGUUAACUAUCAGAUUGACAAUGACGCGGGUAUCUCCUCCGAGUUCACCAGGAGCUUCGACGGCUUCCCCAAGAGCCUGCUGUCGGUCUACUACUUCAUGACCGUGGGCGGCUUCACAACCGACGUGGACGGAGAGCCCAAAUACGUCUGGUACCUCCACGCCAUGCUGAUCAGUUUCUCCUUCAUGGUAUCUAUCAUUCUGCUCAACCUGCUCAUCGCGGUCAUGUCGGACACCUACGUGGUGGUCAAACAACACGCCAAGAGCGAGUGGAUGCUUCUAAAAGCGAGACUGGUGCUGGAGAUUGACUCCAAUAUGCCAGAUUCCUUCUUCACGGAUAGACGCAGGUCCGCGCCCCGCUGGCUACAUGUGGUGAACACCAAGCGCACCUCCAGCCCCGCUCACGCCUCCUUGCUGGACACCAUUCGGGGCACUGUGGCUCUCAACACGGACCUCAAUGACACCCGUCACGAGAUCAAGGCCCAGAUCUCCUGCCUCACUGAGCAGGUGGAGGCGCUUCAGCGGGACAUAGGACGUCUGGUGGAUGCAUUGGGGGGUGGGGCGGGGGGAGCGACUGGGGCGGCAACAGACCGCAUCGAGCAGCCGCCGCGAACUGGCACCACCACCGCUUCUACUAACCAACAGCAACAACAGCAACAACAGCAGCACCAGCAGCAGCAGCAGGCCGUCAUUGCUGCUGCAGCACCCGCAGCAGCAGAACGGGCGUCGCUGAGCCCGGUGCGUUUGGUGUUUCUGUUCUUCGUUACUUCGUUGGAACUAGGACACCCCCCACUAGGUCCCCAGCAGGCUCUGCAGGCCCCCACAGAUGUCCGCAUGCGGGUCGGCUGGUGA